GUUUUGUGUAAUUCGUUUGCUCGUAAUUUGAAACCCCCCCCCUCGAUCAUCAUCAAAGAAGAAUGGCAUCACAACUGGAAACUCUAGUCUAUCUACUACUGAUGGUCUUGAACUUGGUCAACGGAAUACUAGACACAAGUCCGCUCGAAACAAUCACCCAAUGGAAGCUUAUUUCAUACAAUUUCCCACCAAAAUCACCAACAACCGACCAAAGCUUUUAUAGCCCGGAAAACAUAUUAAUUACUGGUCUAGCUAUCGGUUAUGAUAGGAUUUACGUAGCUACACCGCAAUUAUUUUCAGGUGUUACAGCAACUGUUAGUAGCAUUCCCAAGGUGGGAGCCGGUGAUAAUCCAGUUUUAGAGGUUUUUCCAGAUUGGUCGUAUGCAGUGGCCGGUCGUAAAGACUUUAAUUGCAGUGACUUGAAAUUGAUAUCGGUCUAUAGGAUGAGGAUUGAUUCGUGUAACCGGUUGUGGGCCUUGGAUGCAGGUAUAUCACGAUCUUUGGAGGACUACGAAGUUACUUGUCCACCGAAAAUAUUGGUCUUUGAUCUUGCAACUAAUCGAGUUGUCAGAAGAAUUGACUUCCCUCGACAAGUCUUGAGAGGGGAAUCCUUGUUUACCAAUUUGAUCAUCGAUGAAACUACCUCGAAAGCGGGAACUUGUGAUGAUGUUUUCGUCUACAUUUCGGAUACUGUUGAACCUGCUAUCGUCGUUUAUGACAGCCAGCAAGAUGUGACUUGGAGGGUUUCCCAUCCUUCUAUGUACCCCGAUCCAGAUUUCGCUCAGUCGGAAAUUCUUGGAGACCGUUUUGUAUUGAUGGAUGGUGUUGUGGGCUUGACUUUUGACGAAAAAGCUGGAAUAGCUUACUAUCAGCCCUUGGCUACUGACAGGGUCUUUUCUAUUACUCGUGAAGUUCUUCGAUCGGGACCAAUUGCAUUAACCCAGCUUUUGCCGGUGAAGCUUGUUGGCAAGAAAUCUUCCCAGGGUAUCACUUUAGGUGUAUCACCAAUUGACGGAAGUCUUCUAUUCAGUCCUCUUUCGGAAACAGCUAUUGCAUCAUGGAAUCCAACAACUGGACGUCAACAAACUCUUGCAACAGAUCAGCAACGUCUUCAAUUCGUAGCCGAUUUAACAACACCUCGCAUAGAAAAUGGCGCCCUCUACAUGGUUUCUUCGAAAUUCCAUCGUUUCUUCUUGAAAAACCUAAAUCGUAAUGAAUAUAACAAUCGUAUUCUUCGUAUUGAUCUUACUGGAUCAACACCAUCAAGUUUAUCACCAUUUAUUCCGACAAAACCAUCAACAAACUAUGCUUUCUACUCAACUAAUUCAAUAGAAAAACGUCCAUCGGUAUCUUCAUUUGUUUCAAAUACAGCAGUAACUGGUAAUUUCUUUAGCAGCCCUAAUUUAAGUCCAUUUGGUUAUGAAUUAUUUCCAAAAUCAUCAAGAAAUCCAUUUACUGCAUUGAACCCGGAUGAAGCUUUACAAACAAAACUAACCCGACAACCAAGUGAGAGUUCGUUCCUUGAUAAUUUACCACCAGUUGGUUAUACUUAUAAGAGAUUUACCAGAAGUAUUGGUGCAGAAAAGAAUGCCAUGAUAAAUUAAGAAAAAAUAUACUUCUAAAAGUUUUUUUUUUAUUUUAUUUAUUAUU